UUUAGUUUAGAGUUUUUGAAGAAGAAGAAAAACUGAUAUUUUUAAUGAAAUCUCGAUACGAAGAUAAUGUGUCUCCACAUUUCGCGUCACUAUGAAACAAAAUAAUAAUAAAAAUCAGUUAUUAACUGACGCGUAUACCCUUUCGCCCUCACGUAGAUUAUUCACUAAUUCCACUGUAAAUCUAUUGCUUUUUCGAAUGAAUAAAAUUUUCGUACAUUUCUCAUCGAUUAUCAACUUUAUAAACAUUUCUGUGAUAAACAUCUUCAUUUUGCAUUUGUUCUUUAGGGUGAACGUGGCAUUCAAGGGCAAAAAGGAGAAUUAGGCCCUAGAGGACCGAAAGGGCAUCAGGGACAAGCGGGACCGCCUGGUCCGGCAGGUGAGCGUGGACCGAAAGGUGAUCGAGGUCCAAGAGGGGAUCCUGGUGAUGUUGGUGAAAAAGGACCGCAAGGUAUUCCUGGUACGAAUGGUCAAGUGGGCGGUGUUGGUCAGCCAGGACCACCUGGCAUGACUGGUUUACAAGGUCCAAAAGGAAGCGAUGGUCCAAGGGGUGCAAAGGGAGAUCAAGGUCCGGCUGGACAGCCCGGACCGCCGGGACCACCCGGUGAAGUGUUGCUUCCUAAUGACAUGAAUAUGUUUAGCCAACAAACAGACAGAGGAUCGUCGCGUCUGCGACGUGAGGAUACGUUCCGUGUUAACAUUCAAGUACCAGAUAAAGAUCAUAUUGGAACAACAUUAUUAGGACUAUUAAAAAAUAUUGAAAAUAAAUUAAAGUCGUUAGAAUCACCAUUGGGAACAAAAUCUAGUCCGAUAAGAGCAUGUCAUGAUUUGUCUGAAAAAUCUGCGACAGGAAAAUAUUGGAUUGAUCCAAAUCAUGGCAGUAUUUCAGAUGCAAUCGAAGUAAAUUGUAUCAUGGAGUUUGGACAAAAAAAGACAUGUAUUGAUCCUGUAGGAAAUACAGCAUCGAUUGACUAUGGUCCAUUAUCACAAUUAAGAUUUUUACGAGUACUCCACAGUCGUGCAGCACAAAAUUUUACUUAUAUUUGUGAAAAUUCUGUAGCUCUAUAUGAUAAAAAAAGAAAAAACAAAGAUUUAGCUUUAUCAUUUGUUUCUAUUGACGAUACACAAUAUUCUGCAGCAGACUUAUUAAAAAUUGAAGUGAACGAUAAUUGUCAAGAUCAUCGUAAUGGAACAACUGAUUUUCUACUUGAGACAGAUAAUACAAAUGUUUUGCCUAUUAUUGAUUUUAUACCAAAAGAUUAUGGAACAAACAUAAAACGUUUUGGGUUUAAAACUAGUCAGUUUUUCAUUCCAUUUGAAUUUGAUGAUGAGUGA